CCGUGGUAUUAUGCAAAUAUUUCGCAAUAAAUUUUAUUACUUUUAGUCAAGUGCAGAGAAGUGUUGCGGCUAUUUGGAUGAUUGAAUGACAGAAAAUAUAAAUUUCAUUUGAAUUAUACAUUAAAAACAACAAACAACAACACACUAAAAACAUACGAAAAAAAGGCCUGAAAACCAAAGAAUAUUGGAAAUUAAUUGGAAAAUCAAUUUGAAAAAUUGAAUUUCCACAACGCGGCGCGAAAAAGUGGUGUCAAGCCGCAAUUGAACUUAAUUAAAUUUUAUAUACGCGCAAACAAAGUGCAAUAUAAAUUAGGCAGCGGCAAUGAUUCUGACACGGCCCGCAAGACCCCUGAACCCGCCUGGGCAUAACCGCUGGCGAAGUGGGAUUACACCAUUUGUAGCUGUCGUCGGUGUGUUGGUGGUUGUGCUGAUGUUGGGCAAUGCAAUUGCACUUCUGAUAAAAUACAAAAACAGCUACAACAACGCGGUUGCCAACGUUUUAAAYUUAGAUAACGCGUCUAGCAGCAACAAAGUCAGCAGUCAGUUAGCCGGUACCGUUGAAAUUGCAAUGGUUACGAAUGAGUUGGCAACAACAAUUAACGCGAAAGAGGAGAUGAACAACAAUAAAAACAGCUACAAUAUCUACAGCCAUGAGCAACAACAACUUUACGAAAUUAACGCCGCAACUAAGCUUGCUGCCGACACUAUUCCCACACUUCGUCAGAAUAAURAUAAUAAUAGCAAUUUGCUGGCUGCUCUUGCCGUCACUCAUCGUAAAAGCUUUGAUGAUGAAAUUAAUAUACGCAAUCAACGCUAUGAAUUGAAUGACCACCCAGCAGAUGAGCCGCCAAAAAUGCCGUUGGCAGCGGGUGUAUCUCUAACGACAGCAAAUGAAUCGGGCGCUACGGCGUUAUCCAGUUUAAUGGCAGCGAGACGCGAGGAAAGCGUCGGUGGAGAGUACACACCUUUGCAACAACAGGAAAAACAACCAGGCCGUGGAAGUUACUCAAAUACCGAAUUGCUGUUACAUCGUCAAAAGCGUUAUUUGAUCUUUCCCGAAGGCAGCUCUUUUCAGAUGGUUUUUGAUCUCAUCAUCGGAAUGGUUGACUAUACGAGUUAUCUGAUUUUGGGCAUCACUUGCGCCGUCGCCUGGGAACUGCCGAGUAAACCGCCCAGUGAAUUAAUCGAAGAAUUACAUGACAAAGUAACGGAAGGCAUUUACCCACCGAGUGGAACGAAACCAGCAACAGAGGCAACAGCGAUGCGACGCAAUGACAGCACCGUGGUCAGCGAUGGAAUGGCGAUCAGUAAAUAUGGCGUCGACGCUGAGAGCAUCAAAUAUGUGGAUAAUUCAAAUGUGCCAGCAUACUACGAUAACUUGCUACAGAGGCCGAUAGACACAGCAGGAUUGCGACAACCAGCACAAACGCACGUGUUGCCACCUUUUAAUGCGGCACAUAGAACCAAACUCUUUCCUGUGCCCGCUACCAGUUACAGUGUCUACCAUAAAGAGAUGCCUGGCACCCGUGGUGGCAUUGCCAACGGUGCUUAUAGGCCGAUAAACUAUUACGCCAACAUACAAAGUGACUAUAAAAACAGCAACGGCAACAACAAGUAUUACAACCCUACGCACAAAUACGGUUUUGCUGAUAAAAUUGCGAAGCCGAGUUAUUAUGGUGUCAGCGACAGCUACAACAAAAACCCCUUUGGCAAUACAGCUGAGGGUGAUUCAACAGAUAAACUUCCAGUGAAUGCCGCCAAUCGGUGGCAGCAGCACCAGCAGCCACAGUACAAAAAGUGGCAAUCAUGGCAGGAUUAUGACAGCAACUGGCAGUCAUAUCAGCAGCCACAGCAAAAGCAUGCGAAAUGGGCACAACAGCAACAACAAUGGCAAAAGCAGCAGCAAAAAUGGUCAGCUCAGUCGAAAAUUCUGCCGAAGGAGAAUUGGUGGUCGCGCAACAAGCAACAAGUCACGGACAGUUGGCGUAUAGAGCAAGCCGAUAGCUUGCCUAACCGGCUGCGCAUGACUUCUGCUCCAAUACCAACUCGUCCACCUGUGCUGACCUACGCACCGCCUAGUACCGAACCAAAACAAUCGGAAGCUACAAUCAGCUCGAAUGCCGAAACACUGGAAGGUCGCAGCUUUSAUGGAGCUCAACGCCGCCUCCUCACAACACACCCAAAAGCCAGAGUUUACCCAGUUUUCGGACGUCGACGUCGUAGGCGACGCAGCAUGCCUGCAGAAUUAGAUGACUUCGAGCAUAAGCURGAGCGCAUACACUUGCGUGAGCAACUCCGUACGCGGCAAAAGCUUUAUGGCAAAAUUGAGAAACUCUAUGAAACCCGCGGCAUGAACGGCAGCGCUUGUGUGUUGCGUGCGCUUUGCGAAACUGGACAGCAGCAACAAAGCUAUGGAGAGGGCGCAGCGGAACCACAAAGUUUCAUCACAGAACUAUUGCGUGCCAUUUUCGUGUUGCCCACAACUGGUGCAAGUGCAGGAGUUAGUGGCGGCACAGUCAACUUCGAAGAGCCCGCACUACAUCCGACCGAUUUACACAUCAUCGAUCGCCCAUACAGGGAGGCGCUGGCGUAUCGCGGCAGCUGUUCGCAACUUUUUGCCAUGUGUGAGCACAGCAUCUGGGAGUGAAGUGGCAGCAUAAUAAAUGAUGAAAAACAAAUAUGGAGAUGUGAAAUACAAAAAUAAAAAAAAAUAUUACCAAACUGUCAAA